AUGGCUCCUCAACAACUUAGCCCAUGCUGUAUUGCCACCAAUACCCACCAAGGUGAACCAGUUGGUACCAUCCAUGAAUCUAUUUAUGGGCUUCCAACUUAUGUCUCUGGUGACAAAUCUUCUGGAAAACUUCUCAUCAUUGCUGCUGAUAUUUAUGGUUAUAGCUAUAUCAACAAUAAAUUAAUUGCUGAUGCUUUUGCUGCUAAGGGAUACUAUGUAUUGUUGCCAGACUUGUUAAAAAACGACUUUGCCAUCCCGGGCAAGCCAGAACUUUUACCAGCCUGGUUGCAAAAGCACCCAGUCUCAGAUGUCUCUAAAAUGUACAUUGACUUUGUCCAGAAGGCAAAGGAAGACCUCAAACCUUCUUUCACUGCCGGUACUGGCUAUUGCUUCGGUGCUAAAUUUGUUGUGGAAAACUUAACCAAGGAUGGUUUACUUGAAGCCGGUGCCGUUGCUCACCCAAGUUUUGUCACCCCUGAAGAUGUUGAUGCCAUUGCCAAGCCAAUCUUGAUUAGUGCCGCCCAAGAUGAUGUCAUGUUCCCAGCUGUAGCCAGACACAAAGCUGAAGAAAUUUUAAUAAAGAACCAACAAAGAUUCCAAAUUGAUUUGUUCAGCGGAGUUUCCCACGGGUUUGCAGUUAGAGGAGACUUAAAGAACCCCGUUGUCAAGUAUGCCUAUGACAAGGCCCUUAGUGACCAAUUGGUCUUCUUUGGUCAAUUUUCCAAAUAA